UCAUUCUUUUGGUAGGAAAUGAGUUGCAAUUUUUUGAAAAUCUUCUUCAAGUUUGUUCCAUGAGGUAUGAAGAUGAAGAAUGUCACCGAAGUAACAUCCUUUUUACUGAAAGGCUUCACAGACAAUCUUGAACUGCAAAUCAUCUUAUUCUUCUUGUUUCUAGCAGUUUACCUCUUCACACUGAUUGGAAAUUUAGGGCUGGUUGUGUUGGUCAUUGGGGAUUGCCAGCUCCACAGCCCCAUGUACUAUUUUCUGAGUGUGCUUUCAUCUGUGGAUGCCUGCUAUUCCUCAGUAAUUACUCCCAAAAUGUUAGCAGAUUUUAUGUCAAAGAACAAAGCCAUUUCCUUCCUUGAAUGUGCAACACAGAUGUUUCUUGCUGUUACUUUUGGGACCACAGAAUGCUUUCUUCUGGCUGCAAUGGCAUAUGAUCGCUAUGUGGCCAUCUACAACCCCCUCCUGUAUUCAGUCAGCAUGGCACCCAGAGUCUACGUGCCACUCAUCAUUGCUUCCUAUGUUGGUGGCAUCUUGCAUGCCUCUGUGCACACAGUGGCUACUUUCAGGUUAUCCUUCUGUGGAUCCAAUGAAAUCAGGCAUGUCUUCUGUGACAUCCCUCCCCUCCUCGCUAUUUCUUCCUCUGACACUCACACAAACCAGCUUCUACUCUUCUACUUUGCAGGCUCUAUUGAGAUAGUCACUGUCUUGAUUGUCCUCAUCUCCUAUGGUUUCAUUAUGCUGACUGUUCUGAGGAUGCCAUCUGCUGUAGGGAGAAGGAAAGUGUUUUCUACAUGUGGUUCUCACUUAACUGGAGUAUCCAUUUGUCAUGGUACUGUUCUCUUCAUGUAUGUGAGACCAAGUUCCAGCUAUGCCACAGAUCAUGAUAUGAUUGUGUCUAUAAUUUAUAGCAUUGUGAUUCCCAUGCUGAAUCCCAUCAUCUAUAGUUUAAGGAACAAAGAUGUAAAAGAGGCAUUGAAGAGAGUGUUUGCAAAAAAAUCCUUUAUCAAUAAAGUCUAUUAUCACAGUAAAAAUUAA